GAUAAAGCAAAUUUUGAUUACAAGUACCUCAGUAUCAAGUCAACUGUAGAACGGUCAAGAUGUGGUCAAACGCGAAAGUUAUUUUGCGCAAUGGUAAUUGCAGAGUGUCUCAGUUAAGUGGAAUUCUUAAAGUGCACACAUCAUCAAGUGAAAAUCAGCAUGUAGCAGCUUUGGAAGUGGAUACUGUUAAUGUAAAGCAAUACAAUGAGGUUCCUGGACCAAGUGCUUUUGAAUUGGUCAAGAGCUCUUUACCAGGAGGAAAAUAUUAUAAAAAAGAUUUUGCUGAUUUUCUCUCAUCGUUUAGACAAGAGUAUGGAGAUAUUAGUAAAAUUCCUGGAGUAUUUGGGAAAAAUGAUAUUAUUCUUGUGUAUGAUCCUGAAGACUUUAAGACCGUCUUUCAGACUCAAGGGCAGUAUCCCAUUAGAAGAGGGGUUGAUACGAUUGUUCACUAUCGGUCAAAAGUCCGGAGGGAUUUUUAUGAAGGUGUGAUUGGUUUUGCAGAUCAGGGAAAAUCUUGGUGGGACUUUAGACAAAAAGUUAACGCUGUCAUGAUGAAACCGCAAAUAACACGGAAAUACGUUCCAUCUGUUGACGAAGUCACUCAAGAUUUUGUUAAGAGAUUGCAUUCUCUGAGAGAUAAAAACAUGGAAACUCCAUCGGAUUUCUACGCAGAAUUAAAUAUGUGGGCACUUGAAUCAAUUGCCCAAAUUACAAUGGACACUAGACUUGGAAUCUUCGAUAAUACAACAAACAAAAAUAUGCAUAGUCUUAUGAGUGACCUUAAAGUCUUCUUCGACCUAACAUACCGGCUGAAUUUUCAACUAUCCUUUUGGAAAUAUUUUCCUACCGCUUCUUAUCGCAAACUCACACAGAGCACAGAUAAUAUGUAUAAAGUUAUUCAACAUUAUGUAAAUAUUGGGAUUCGGAAAAUCAAGGACAACGCCGAUGAUGAGGAAAAUGAGGGAGUUCUUAAGAAACUCUUGGAAAUUGAUCCAAAAGUUGCAACAAUCAUGGUGAUGGACGCAUUAUUUGCUGGAGUUGAUACGACGUCGACAGCAACAUUCUCCGUCUUAUAUGUUUUGGCUAAGAACCCUGAGAAGCAGGAUAAAUUGAGACAAGAGUUGAUGAAGAUUCUCCCAGAGAAGACGUCUCCACUUACUGUGGAAAAUAUGAGUAAUAUGCCCUAUCUCAGGGCUUGCAUCAAAGAAGCUUUGAGGUUGUAUCCAGUGACCUUUGGGAACUUCCGCUCAACAGGACAGGAUCUUGUUCUGAAGGGAUAUCACAUCCCGAAAGAUACUGAUAUUCUGAUGGGUAAUCAGAUAACUCAAAUGGAGGAUAAAUAUUUUGAUAAACCGUAUGAAUUUAAACCAGAGCGAUGGAUUCGACCACCAAACAGCAAGAUAACUUGUCCCGUGAGUGCAACUUCUCAUCCCUUUUCCUACCUUCCUUUUGGCUUCGGUACGCGGAUGUGCGUUGGUCGUAGAUUUGCAGAGAUGGAAAUUGAAUCCCUGGUGAGUCGGUUGGUGAGAACCUAUAACAUUGAUUGGAGGUAUCCUGACCCGAAAAUUUCAAGUUUAACAAUAAAUAUGCCAAUUGGCGAUAUAAAAUUCCGCUUAUCAGAACUUAAAGAAUAAUUAAUAUAGGGAAGAUGAGGAUAUAAAACCCAAUUAAUGUACCUUUUACCGCACUAUAACAUGUUUUGGAGGUGUCUUGUGACAAAUUUGUAUCGUAACUCCAAUAUUGUAAAAAUGAAUAAAAACUGAUUGGUUUUAA